CACAAAUCGACUGCAUCAGGGUGAGAAGAAGCAUAAGAAAAGCGCGAUUCGAAAAAGAAAGACCUAUUUGAGAAGAGAGAAAGAGCGGCCUACCCCAAUUGAUAAUCAGAAUUUGAAGGAUUUGGCGUGAUUGGCAAAGCAAUUCGCAGUAUCCGACGUGUCGGACUAGACACCAAACUUAGUGAAAUUUUUCACAGCCCCGAAUCUCAUCGCCAACAUGCCCGUUCAAACCCGGAGAAGGGCGGCUAUGCAAGAAGCACCCGUAGAAGGAGGUGCAGGCGCCAGAAAGAAGUCAAGUGCGAAAUCAAGCCCCGCGCAGAAGCUGCCAGUGAGAGAGAAGGAAGAAGAAGUGCCUACGCCAACCAAGGGCACUCUCAAAGUUUUUGAUGAUGAGGAUGAAGAUGAGGUGAAGGCUCCUCUUGAGUCACAAUCAAAUCCAGCUGCUCAAACAGCGGAGGCGGCAGAGGACGAGCAGGAGGAGGAGGAGGAGGAGGAGGAGGAGGAUAGCGAUGAUGAAGCUCCGGAAGCUGUGUCUACGACCAAGGUGGCUGAAGAGAUCAAAAAAUCCGCCCAAGUUGCUCAACAGGCAGCUAAAGAACAAGCUGCUACACAAAAGCGCAAGCGUCAACUGCGUGAUGAGCUUCUCAAGAAACAAGCCGAGGAGCGAAAGAAGGCAGAUGAGGCCAAGGAAGAGGCAUCCGCCAUUAAGCCACAAACCAAAAAGUCUGAAGCCAGCAGCGGGAGGAAGCGAGUGCAGAAAUCUGACAUCCCAGCCGUUCUCCCCGCCGAGUUCCUGGAAGAUUCUUCAAGCGAAGAUGAGGACGAGGAUGCCGCUGAUGCCGCUUCAGGGCCGAAGAGGCGAAAGGUUUCCGGAGUCGAGAAGAGGCUCACACGCCUGGAUUCUGGGCCCAAGGAUGAAGUGGUCAACUCUACCGUGUACCGGGUGGCCAAGAAAACGGACGAAAGAAUGGCGCCCAAGCUCAAGAAGCAUACCAAGUCUUCCAAAGACUUGCUCUUGAAGCGAAACAGGCCUAUUGCGAAAUCUGGAACCGGAUUUUUUAGAAAAUGAAGUUUAGGGGCGGUGCUUCUUUGCCAGCUACGUGUGGCGAUAACCGAAACAUCACAACGUUCAUGAUUAAUCAACUCUUCUUGCAUACGCGGGACGUUUGCCUGGCAGCAUACUACAUGUCGACAUAUUCCAUGUUAAUAGGGCUCUAGGCUGCUAUUAGAGGUUUUCAGAUGCAUCUCCGGAGUGCCACUUCGAAGAGCAGAUGAGACUUAGCGUGUACCAUCGAUGCUCUUCUGUCGAAUACAUCAACGGCAUCAAAAAUUAUUAUGCAAUUAAUAUAAAGUUGGGUAUGUAGGAGUUUUUUUUUAGGCAAUAUACUAUGUUAAAUAAAUACGGAAAGACAGCGACAAAGGCAGACGAGAGCCACUCUUACAGGCUACCAAGCCAUUGCUUCGCAAAAAUGCUUUAUGUAGCUGAUGC